CACCAGUGUUUACCAAAGUCUCAAGUUCAUUUCACAAAGUCUAAUUGAAAUUGAAUAUCAUUCUUACGUAAAUUUUUUGUUACCACGAACAAUCAUAACAUGGUCAAUGGAUAAUUUCACCUUGACUGACCAUAAUUUCAGGACAAAGCAAGUAAUCUUAAACAAUUUUCGUUAGCUGGCAAUUUUUGGGAAAAUAAUUACAAAUAAGUGCACUUUUUACGAGGGAGAUCAUCAAGGUCGGAAUAUACUCUUGAACAAAGAAGAAACAAAGUGUCUAGUGGUCGUUGAUUUACCAUCAAAGUACAAGAUGCAAUUGCAGAUCUCAAGCAUGUAUUAAAGGUAUUGCUAAGUCUUUGUGAGAGAUGGAAUGACCGGAUGAUACGUUCAAGUCCGAUCGUAGUAUUGAUCUCACUUGUUGAAGACUCCCAAGGCCAGUUACUACAUUGUUUCGAGAACAGUAUAAAAAGAGGAUGAUAUGCUGAAAAAUGUAUCAGUUCUCAACUCUAAAUCACUUCUUGGAGAACUUGAAGAAACUCAUCAUCACCACCAUGUACAAAUUGAUCAUUAUUUCUGCUGUCCUGGCCUACGUAUCAGCCGCACCAAAACCCAGUCUUGUCCACGGAAGCACAGUUCCAGUUGUCAGUGGUGAAGUUGUUGACGCCUAUUCAUCAGUAGUUUCCCCGAAUAUCGUCACGAGCUAUUCAAGUUCUCUUUUGUCAUCACCGUCCCUUGUUUCAACCUAUUCAGCUCCAGUCGUCACGCCAGUCAUUUCCAGUUAUACUGCGCCAGUCGUUUCGCCUCUGACCUCUACUUAUUCGAAUGUUGGAGUUCACUCUUUACGCAAUACUCCCGUUGUGCACACAUACUCCAGUGUUCCAGUAGUUACUUAUAAAAGUUAUGCAUCCGCUCCCCUGUUGCACCACACUUACACAGCACCAGUGAUCGUAAAAAAACUUUUUUAAAUAUUUGUUUACGAUAAAUAAUGAAAUUUCUUUUCAACAUUGAUUUAAUUGUUGUUAUUAUCUGAAAGUUUAAGUUUAUGGCAUACUACCGUGUUAAAUGAUGAUUAUAAAAAUAGUUUUUUAAUUGUAAACAAUGAAUUUUUUAGAUUCGAGACGAUAUUUCAGGGAGUAAAAUAAUUUUUUAUUUGGUAGGAUUAUGAGGAAUUAAUUGUA